AACUUCCCCCGUGUUCUCUAGGCCUACAUUUUCCUUUUAUCAUGACUCUUGUUUUUAUUAAUACAAAAUGUUCAUAGUCGACAUAUUCUAGCGUCAGCAUUAAAAGCGUCCAAUAAACAGACUGCAGUGCCUGUUCGUACCAACAGUACACAGGCAGUGCAGAGUCUGUUUGUCGUGCGACGUUAAUUACAAUAGAGUUCAAGUUGCUUGCUGAACUUGAGCGCGUCGGCCGUCGCGAGCCCCCGCGCGUGGGCACUCUCCCUCAGCCGUGCAGUUUGUCGCUCCAGAUCAGCGGUGCUCUCUGUCGCCAGCGGCGGUCCAGUGCGGAGCCGGAGCGAGGGGCAGCGCCACUCAGCAGCGGGAUUCAAGGCAGUUUGCAGCAGUCGCUUCCAGGAGGAUGGACGCAGAGAUGUGUAGUGGCUGCGCGUAUUAACCUUCAGCAACGGGAGUUUGUCCUACUUUAGAGGGGAGUAGAGAGAGAGAGAGAGAGAGAGAGACAGGGCGGCUCAGAUCUGCGUGAACUUCACCAGCCUUUGGAAGCAGUGAAAAUACCAGGACGCGUUCUUCAGAAGCGUUGAUUCUUUAUGGACGGUAUUACUCAAGCGCUCUUCACGCAGUCAACGGAGUGUGUGUGAGCAGAGGUGGACGCUGCUGUGGGACUCUGGGGAUGUGUAAAGUCUCCAACCGUCCUGGAUCUCUGCAGCUUUUUAAGAGCUGCUCUCUGGGCCUUUGUGCAAGAGUGUGUGUCCUGGGCGUGUUUUCGCCAUGGCUCUAGUUCAGGCACUGCCUGUGCCCACUGAUCACCCCAAACCCAGCGCUGACAUCCAGCAGUGCUGCUCAGUGUCUCACUCCCCCACCGUAGCUGCGGCAGGCAACAUGGGCUCCGUCAGCAGCCUCAUCUCUGGACGUACCUACCAGGAGCGUCACUGCCGAGCUGUCAGCGACUUUGGCGCCAAGUAUCGCAAACCCACACCAGCUACGAGCUGCUUCAGACAGCAAGAGGGCACGCUGCGCAGCGCCAGCUCACAGGAGCAGCUUCUCACCAGCCAGCCUCCUCUACCACCUAAAAACAGGUCCUCUGCCCUCAUCUCUGCUGGCAAUGGCAACUAUGGCUAUUUGAGUGAUGAGCCAGUGGGCGACUGGAAUGAUAAUCAUGUGACCACAUGCAGCCCGUCCAGUGAUACCGAAGAGCCUCCUGAUAACAGAGGCAUGAAUGGUAACAUUGGUGGCCCUCCUCCCAAACUUGUCCCAGUGUCAGGCAGGCUGGAAAAGAGUAUGGAGAAGAUACUGAUCCGUCCCACUGCCUUUAAGCCUGUCGUGCCCAAGAAUCGGAACUCCGUGCAGUACUUGCCUCCACGGUCAGGGGGCAGUCUGUCUGAAAGCCAGGGCAGCCUCAACCUCUUACUUCCUGGCACUGGAGCAGGGUUGGCCUGUACGGAGAAGCGCAAUUCUUACAGUGGGGGGCGCAAUGCGCGGAGUAGCCAGUCCUGCACUAUGUCUGACUCAGGCCGCAACUCUCUCUCCAGCCUACCCACCUACAGCAGCACAGGUUACAGCCUGGCACAGAGCGAGGUACCCACCGGGCACAUGGAAACCACACGCUCUGGCGGUGGCCACGGACACUCUAACUCUGACAGUGGUCGGUCAUCAUCCAGUAAGAGCACGGGGUCUUUAAGUGGCCGUGGCCAGCCCCUCUCAGACAGUGGAUCGUGUGGCCGUUCACCGGCUCCAGGAGAAGGGUAUGAAGGUGUCAUUCGGGAACUUGAGGAGAAGCUGAGGGAAAGAGACCUGGAGCUGCAGCAACUCAGGGACAACCUGGAUGAGAAUGAGGCAGCCAUCUGUCAGGUGUAUGAGGAGAAACAGAAACGUUGUGAACAAGAGUUGGAGGACCUUCGGCAGAGCUGUGCAUCGAAAAUGAAGCAGGUGCAGCUGAAGGCACAGCGGGCGCAACAGAUCCUGCAGUUGCAGGUGUUUCAGCUGCAACAGGAGAAGAAAAAAUUGCAAGAGGACUUCUCCCAACUGCUGCAGGAACGGGAGGCAUUGGAGAGGAGAUGUGCCUCUUUUGAGAAGGAGCAGACUCAGCUAGGUCCUCGUCUAGAAGAGACAAAGUGGGAGGUCUGUCAGAAGUCAGGUGAGAUCUCUCUGCUGAAGCAGCAGCUGAAGGAUGUACAGGCUGAUCUUGGCCAGAAGGCCAGUGAGAUUAUUGCUCUGAAGGCCCAGUUGAGAGAGGCUCGUUCUGAGCUUCAAGCUAGCCAGGUUCGCUCACAGGAAGCCCACGCCACAGCCCGCACUCGUACACUCGAACUUGAAGUUUGCGAGAAUGAGCUGCAGCGUCGUAAAAGCGAAGCGGAGCUCCUGCGGGAGAAGGUAGGCCGUUUGGAGGAAGAGUCCCUCCGUCUUAAAGAGGCCCUGGCAGUGCCCCCGUCCCAAACUCUUCCUUCUAAGGGCCAGUGCAUGAGCUUGCCUCUUCCCCAAAGCCGUGGAGGAAUUGCACACGGGAUUAGCCCUGCUUUCCGGGACAACGGCAGUGAAGAGCAGUUUCUAGCAUACGAGAGCGAUGAAGCGAAAGUGCACCGUCAGAGCGUGGAUGUGCUUCACGGUCUCCGUCAGCAGGUGGACCGACUGCGGGCUGAGCUGAUGUAUGAGAGGAGGCGGAGUGAGGACCAGCUGGAGGCCUUUGAGGAUGAACGCAGGGUGUGGCAGGAGGAGAAAGACAAGGUGAUCCGUUACCAGAAGCAGCUGCAGCAGAACUACAUCCAGAUGUACCGCAGAAACCGAGACCUAGAACGUGUGAUGAGGGAACUUAGUCUUGAGCUGGAGAACAGGGACAUGGAGGAGUUUGACAUGCGUAGCAAUGAGAUCCAUUUCGAGGAGAUCACUGCCACUGAAAUAUAACCCACAUCUCACUCUGCCAUCGCAAAAUGAAUUUCCACUGUGCUUGUGUGAGGAGCACUGGCCUUCACUGCAGUGACAUUUGGCAUGCUUCUCCACACUAUUUCAGAAAGACUUAUGUUCAAGGCAAGUUAUUGUUGUGAUGUCCGCAGAGGCCAGUAAAACAUGGAACGUUUGUAUUUACACAUCUUUAUGAUCACUUCCUGCCUCGGAAACCUGUGAGGGACUUCAGAUGAAUGUACAAUGACUGUGAACAGCAGUUAAUUGAUGCCACUGGUGAAGGGAAGGAUGUCUUCAAAGAUGGUGCUUUGUUCCUGACAAACCCCUGUAGUACAACUAGGGCUGUAAUUUAGCUUAAUUCUGAAAAAAGCCAUGCAAAAAAUAUCGCAUUUAAUCCCCCGUUGACCUGAAACCUGAAUUUUUUUUACACGGGACCUUCAAAAAAGACGUGUUUUUCCAUUCAAAAGCAUCUACACAGUGGUACAGAAUGCAGGGCUCUCAAGAUGUUAUUUUCAAAGUGCAACUACUUUGAAGUGUAAGAUGACAUAAACAGCAAGAUGCGACAUAAUGGCCAAAGACAUUUGUAGCAUACAACGAAUGCUAGAAUGUGUCCUUUGUGAACUACCUUGGGCAGAUUGACAAAUCCAAUUUCUAAAUGGGUUGAUGCGAACUGCAGACCAAUGGUGGGCUUAUGUUUAAUGAUAUCAAAAUAAAAAAAAAUUACGAAUUUCCAUUCAAUACUUUACAUGCCUUUAUUUUCUCAACAAAUAUUGAUGUAUGCAGUUAUUUGAGAUUCAUUUGAUUACUUAAAUUACUUAAUUGGCAGCUUCAAUUAGUUUAAUCGAAUACCACCAUACACACAAUCAGAAAAGACUGUCCCUGCAACGAAAUAUACUGAAAUGGCCAUGAGAUUGAAGAACCAAUGGGAAGAAACACAGCAUGUAGGUUUCAUGGAGUUUCUUAUAUCCUAUAUAGUACAGAGCACACUACUUGCCUCGCCCAUUGUACCAGCAUUAACACUGAUGGGAAGAGACUUGGAGGCACUCUGUUGAGCAUCUCAUGUUAAGUCACAGGAUCUGCAGUUUUUUGCAUUCAUUCUUGGUGUUCUAGUUGUGCUGGUGUUAAGUCCUCAAUAACAUUGUGUCAUAUCUUCUCAGCUACGGCACUAUGCAGCAAGAACUGUCACCUCUCAUCUCACAGCCCUGCUGCUUACGCUACAUUUGAUACUAAUCACUGAUGUAGAAGUGUUAUUUUUAUAAUUAGAUGAUAUAUUAGCAGAUAUAACUAGCAAAUAUAGAGGCAGAUAUAUUUUUUCUUUUCUUUGUGAGUAUUGCCAUGCACACUGUACAGAGUGAAUAGCAUGUGUGCAUGACACCGUAGCAUUUGUGUGGCCAGACAGUCUGGCGUCGAGUCACGUUAUGGCAUCACACAGGUCAACUGGUUGGUUUUUUCCAACCAGUUCUGCUCUGUUACGACAUAGUUGAUGAAUGCAUAGAUAUUAUGUUAGAUUUGCAUACAAUCUGAGAAAUACUAAUCAAACGUUUGUGGUCAUUUUGUUAAAGGGAUAUACACUAUAUAAACUUGUUGUUUUUACAGAACAGAUUCUUUAAAAAAGAGAGGAACAAUUAAAUAUAUAUAUAUAUAUAUAUAUAUAUAUAAUGUAUAUUUUUAUAUAUAGUACCUCAAGCUAUUUUGUGGUAACACAGGUAACUUUGUGGGUUUAAUAAAUAUGAAUUGCAUAUUUCACACCUUUUUGUCCAGAGGGGUCAUUUGCCAUAGCAUUAUUUCACAGUAUUUCAUACAGUAGUUAGUGCUUUCAUAUUCUCUUGGAGCAUUUAGUAUGUCCUUCUCUGAUCAUAACAUGCAGUAUUAUUACAUUAUUUUUGAGCAUGUUGUAGAAAAGUGUCAAGAACAUUGCCUGACAACAAGGCCAUGCUCGAGACACUAGCUUUUUUGACAUCAGGGAAGACAUAUGAAACUUAAUAGCAAAAAAUAAAUAAGUAAAUUAUGAAAUGAGGAACUCUCACUGCAAAAUCACAUUUUUUAUCCAUCGCAACCAAAGAUAAUCUGUUAUGCAUUUUCCAUAUUAUCUUUAUCAGCUUAUUUACAUACAUGUACACAUUUUCACUCAGUGCUUCCUUUUUUUUUUUUACAAAACAGUGUAAUAUACUCUCAAUGAUCCUACAGUAAAACAGAGACACUUUAUUUAUGUGAUAAUGAUCGUUUAAAUGUUUUAAUUCAAAGCCAAAUUAUUCAUUUCCGUAUUGGUCAGAAUGGUUCACUGUUUAUGAUUAGUCUAGUCUUGUAUCGCUUCUGUUCAUUUUGAUCUACAUUCACCAUCGACUACCUGAGAAUCAGAAGAUAUGAUGCCAUAUUUUUCUCACUCUGCUCAGAUUAUCAUCCCUCGUGUUGUCGGGUUCAUUUCUGUAGCACAGAUUUGUUAUUAGUGUACGAAAAGAGCUCUCUUACCCCUGGGCAAUGUCCUGUGCAUUUCUUCCUGACAUGUCAAUCACUCUCAUGAAAAACACAUGUGUAAAUAUUCCUCAUAUUGUAAUAUUAUUGACAUAUUCAAUAUAUUUGUUUUUACACACUCAAAAUAUCUUGGUGUAACCACUGUGAAUAGACCAAAGCAAAUUAACGUUUAAUCUUUUUUCCCUCAUGUAUGUGCUCGUGUAUGUUUCCUUUGUCAAUCUGUAGUCUUUGUAGUCAUGUAUGUAUAUUUUCCUGUUGUAUAUUUCUUGUAAAAAUGUGUUUUUAAUUAAACAAAGUU